CAAGUUGGGAAACUGAAAACUAGUGAUCAGAUGAAAAUGAGUGCAUAUGUGUGCAAAUAUGUGCAUGUAGCGAUAAAGAGGUCCCGGACCAAUGGGAGUAAAUCAUGCCAAUCAAGGCCUGGCAGAUAUUUAAAUUGAAGUCAUAGGUUGCAAUUGUGACUCAACAGUUAUUCUUUAAUUUGUUUUCUUAGGAUCAGUGUUUUUUACAACCGCGAACAUGAUGAAUGAUAAAAUAUAAUCAAUCGCUAAAGCAGUUGAAAAUAAAUUUACUUCAGUACAAACAGCGCUCACACAAAAGACAUGACGAAUCUCCAUAAUGUUGCAUAGUGAGAUCGCGCUGCUUCAUAACCAAUGACGUGGAUCUAGGUUAGCUUUUUCCGCAAUCGCCACAGUUAUCGUGCAAACAAAUCAAAUUGUCGAAUAUAUCGUGUGUUUUUCUCACAAAACACUAUUUGUAAAUAAUGUUCGAAAUUACAGAUACACAAAAGAUCGGAGUAGGAUUGGCAGGUUUUGGAAUUUCCUUCUUGUUCCUUGGUGUAUUAUUACUCUUUGACAAAGGUUUACUUGCUAUUGGAAAUCUUCUAUUUAUUUCGGGUUUGGCAUGUGUCAUUGGACCAUGGAGGACUUUAAAUUUUUUCUUUCAAAGGCACAAAAUAAAAGCUAGUGCCUCGUUCUUAGGAGGUGUUUUUGUGGUCCUUAUGGGUUGGCCUAUUAUAGGAAUGAUUUUAGAAACCUAUGGUUUUGUACUGCUUUUCAGUGGUUUCUUACCAGUAGCAAUAAAUUUCUUACGAAGAGUACCUGUAUUGGGAACUAUACUAAACAUGCCUGGUCUCAGUCGAAUUUUAGAUAUGAUAGCAGGUGAUUCUAAUAGAACAACUGUAUGAUAAGAAUAUUCAUAUCUUUUGUAACAUGUAUAUAAGAUGUUCUCCCAUGUGGUGUUCCAUAUCUUCUUUUUGUCAUUUUCACUUUAGUAUAUCAUUUGUCAAGUACAGAUCUUUGUACAGAAAUGUAAAACUAAUUUAUAUCUUACAAUGUCAAGUGUAAGAAAAUAUCGACAAGUCUAGUACAAUUAAUUUGUAAACUUACAAAGAAAUUAAUAUGAUUUGUAUGCUGUCUGAUUACAUCAAGGGUACAUUGAAUUAUGCAAAGCAUUCCAUAUAUCUCUUGUAUAAAUGAAAAUGAGAUAAUCUGAACUUUGUUAACUUUCUAAUACUGUGAUCUAUUAUCAGUGAAGGUAAUAUGGCCAAAACUGUACCCUUGAUCAGGUAUAUAAUAAAUGUUUACAAUAAAAUAAUAAAUGGAUGUAUAUGUGUCAUGUAUCAAUAAGACUUUUUACAUAUUCAAAUCAAAAGAUGUAUUACCUUGUACAAAGACCUCUAAGUUACCAAAGAAACUAGCAGGUAAUCACCACAAACACAAAAUGUCGGAUCAAUAUUUACUUUGAAAAUUAUGAUACAUGUAUACCUAUUUUACUUAAAAAUCUAAUCUAGAACAUGCAUAACUAAAUUUAUGGUUAUUCCGAUAAGAAUUCGAUCUGGGAUAUGCUAUAAAAGUUAACUCAAAAUUCUUCCUUAAAUUAAAUUCUCAAUUUUGGGAGGAAUAAGAUUCUGAGAGAGAAAGAGAGAAUGUAUGAAAUUUUAUAUUAUUUUUAUUGAUCUGCUGCUUUCCCGUGUGUGCAUGCAUCCUAACAUGAACAGAUUAGAUGCACACAUUCUGAGUAACGUUUCUUGUCUUA